AUGCCGCUCCACUACAAAGGAACCAUCAUCCACGGCAUAAUCCCAGAUCAUAUUUGGUUCGGUGGGGACAUCACUCACGGUAACGGACUUGGAGGCGAGUCCAUCUACGGCCAGCAGUUCCCCAAGGAGGACUGCAUCAGGAAGCACGACGGUCCAGGCAUCCUCUCUACGGGCACCAACGGAUCUCAGUUCAUGCUCCACAUGAAGGUGUCCCCGGACUACGACGACGGCGAGCACAUCGCGUUUGGACGGGUUUUGGACGGACUUGAUGUGAUGGCUCGCGUUGGGAAAAUGGUCGGGAAUGAGUUUGUGUACCCUUCCACACAGAGUGGAUAUGUUAGAGGCAAUGUACUGGCCUCGCUGGUCAUGGCACGUCGUACCCUCGGUGACACAUGAAAAAGAAGGAGAAGGCCCUCGCCACAUUUACUUAGCUUGUCUUUGUUUUUGGUUGGUUGUUCGUUUGGUGUCGCUGUUACCUUUUAGUUUUAAACUGGAUACCAUUAAAUAAUGCUAAGCCUUGACAACACGAACGUAAAGAUACUGCAUUUUUUCAACGAGGUCAUAAGUGUUGGUGAGCUUGUCGCCAGUGAGUUCUCCACCAAAUGAGGUUGUAACGUUCUUGACCCACACUGAAUGGCCCAUUGACCACAUAUCCCCUUCGUUAAAAGCUUAGCCGAACGCCUUUGAAAAAU